UGUCGAACGUGAUCCCGUGCUCUGCUCAGUAUCGCUUCAUCGGAUCUUCAUCUCCGUGUGAACUGAACGCACGCCACCGCGAUGAAAAGCCACCUGCUUGCACUCCUGGUUGUUCUGAUAUUUUCCACCUCUUUCAAUCAGGGCGAGAAGUUAAAGUCGAACGACAGGCGGGCUGCCGGCCUGAUGGCGUAUCCGAGGAUCGGCCGGUCCGACGUGCCGGUCUCUAACCUAAAUUUCAACCGUCGCCACGUCAUGGAGCCAGACACAGAUUUCCAAUUUUACAGUCCGGAGUUGGACUCCGUUCCGGACAAAGAUUACGAAGACGUUCGCAAUACAGCCGCCGGAUCCGUUGGGAGAUCGAUGAAUCUUAAACACGUAGACAAAUUUCCAAGGGAAGCGCGGUGGUUGAUUUCAGAUCGUAUCCGUUUGGCAAAAGAUUACCGACCUUGGCAGAAGAUCGACGAGGGAAGAUUCGUUUAUCCUGGCUCGUUGCUACUCGCUCGAGGUUCUCGAAACAGCCAGCCGAACGGUUACACGCCGCGACUUGGCCGCGAGAACGACGUGGACCGAGCCGGCUGCAAAUGAUCUCCGAGGAUUUCCACGCCCGCCCCCCGUAUGGAACCCACGCGAUCCGAUCUAACGUAUCUCUAUCCGGUGACCAGCUGCCCGCAACGACGCCAAACGAACUUCCCUUAAUCCUUAAACCAGGAGGUUUUAUCACAGAUAAAAACAGAACACGAGCGACACACAAAUUCACGAAACAUUGUCGUUCGACGAAUUUAUCAAACAUAUUUCCCCGCAUGUAACGUUGGCCCAUUGAAUUUUCGCUGACGCACGAACGAGGGUAAUAAAGCUGGUAAAACGAUGUUUCUUUCUGAAU